UUAUCUGCUCCACUUCUGCGCAGUCAGAAGCGGCGUCGUAACGUUUUGGGGAACUGGAAGCGUCUACCGCAGUCGACUGUCGCCCAGACUUCUGGGCUAGUGUUUUCUCCUGUUGUCAGAACCUCAUCUCUGGUUCUGCAUCUUCUGACUGUCGCAGGCAUCUCGUCCUCUCCCCUUUCGGUCCCCCUCCUUGGAUUCGGCGUUGCGGGCGCCCAGGCCUGACCUCGGUCCGCGGGUCCCUGGCGGUCACCAUGGAGAACAUGGCGGAGGAAGAGCGACCGCCCCAGGACCCGGAGUUGGAGGUGUCGGUCCCGGAGGCCCCUCCAGCGCCGGCUCUGGAGUCGGCUCCCACCCCGGCCUCGGCUCCAGCCCCGUCCGCUGCCUCUGCGUCCGACGAGGCGGGAAGCGAGAGACACAUCUCAAUUCAAAGGCAACUUGCUGAUCUAGAGAAAUUAACUUUCUUAAUGGAAGGAGAUUUUGACUCUGCCAGUUCCUUGAACUCAGAUAAUCUUAAUGCAGGAAACAGACAGAUUUGUCCAUUAUGCCCUAAGGAAAAAUUCAGAGCUUGUAAUAGUCACAAACUUCGCCGUCACCUUCAAAAUUUACACUGGAAAGUCUCAGUUGAAUUUGAAGGUUACAGGAUGUGCAUCUGUCACUUACCUUGUCGACCAGUGAAACCAAACAUCAUUGGAGAACAGAUAUCCAGUAAAAUGGGCGCCCAUUAUCAUUGUAUCAUUUGUUCAGCAACAAUCUCCAGAAGGACCGAUAUGCUGGGACAUGUUAGGCGCCAUGUGAACAAAGGGGAGACUAAGUCCCGGUAUAUUGCUGCUUCUGCUGCUAAACCACCUAAUGAAAUUUUGAAAGAGUCAGACACAGAUGUACAAGUGUGUCCUAACUAUUCUGUACCUCAGAAAACAGAUUCCUAUUUUAAUCCCAAAAUGAAACUAAAUCGGCAGCUAAUAUUUUGUACAUUGGCUGCAUUGACUGAGGAACGAAAACCUCUGGAAUGUCUAGAUGCCUUUGGAGCCACUGGGAUAAUGGGACUUCAGUGGGCAAAACAUCUUGGAAAUGAUGUCAAGGUUACAAUUAAUGAUUUGAAUGAAAACUCUGUGACAUUGAUUCAGGAAAAUUGCCACUUAAACAAAUUGAAAGUGGUGGUAGACAGUAAAGAAAAGGAAGAGAGUGGUGAUAUUCUGCAAGAAGGAGAGAAAAACCUUGGUAAUAUUAAGGUGACCAAAAUGGAUGCCAAUGUACUGAUGCACUUGAGAUCUUUUGAUUUCAUACACCUAGACCCUUUUGGAACAUCAGUGAACUAUCUAGAUUCUGCAUUCAGAAAUAUAAGAAACCUCGGCAUAGUGUCAGUGACUUCUACGGAUAUCAGUUCUUUAUAUGCCAAGGCACAGCAUGUUGCCCGGCGUCACUAUGGCUGUAACAUUGUUCGUACUGAAUAUUACAAGGAACUGGCAGCUAGAAUUGUUGUGGCUGCAGUGGCCAGAGCUGCAGCCCGAUGUAAUAAAGGCAUUGAAGUGCUCUUUGCAGUGGCUUUAGAACACUUUGUAUUGGUGGUGGUGAGAGUAUUGAGGGGACCCACUUCUGCAGACGAAACAACCAAGAAAAUUCAGUACUUGAUUCACUGUCAGUGGUGUGAAGAAAGGAUUUUUCAGAAGGAUGGUAAUAUGGUAGAAGAAAACCCAUAUAGACAGUUGCCUUGUAACUGUCAUGGAAGCAUGCCUGGGAAGACAGCAAUAGAACUUGGACCUCUAUGGUCAAGCUCCCUUUUCAACACUGGAUUCCUCAAAAGAAUGUUAUUUGAAUCUCUUCAUCAUGGCUUAGAGGAUAUUCAGCCCCUAAUAAAGACACUCAUCUUUGAGUCAGAGUGUACUCCUCAAAGUCAGUUUUCAGUUCACACACCUUCUAACUUCAACAAGCAAGAAGAAUGUGGUAUAUUUAUAAAAGCUACAGAUGAUGCCACAACAGAUACUUACAUUGCACAAGGGAAGAGGAAAAGUAAUGAAGCAAUCGUAAGUUUAGCCAAGAAGCAAAAGGGUGACAACAGUACUGAACAUCCUCCUUUUUAUUACAACAUCCACAGACACAGCAUUAAGGGAAUGAAUAUGCCCAAGUUAAAAAAGUUCUUGUGCUACUUGUCUGAAGCAGGCUUUCGAGUAAGCCGAACUCACUUUGAUCCAAUGGGUGUCCGUACAGAUGCACCUUUGAUGCAGUUCAAAUCAAUCCUUUUGAAGUAUAGCACCCCCACCUACACUGGAGGACAGUCAGAGGGCCACGUUCAUGCAGUGUCAGAGGACACAGCAACUGACCGGACCGGGUUGAAGUGUCAGUGAAGCAGAAGCAAGCAGCUGCAGAUGGGAGAGGUCACUUAACAAGAUGUCUGAAUAGAUGGCUUGAAGAGUUCUCUACACCAACUCAUUUUUCUAUUUUCAAUUCAGUGUUGUAAAAAUAAAUUAGCAGUUUCUAAUUUAGCUGGUUUGAGAACUAUGCUUUCUAAGUUUUUCUUAUUUUAAAGAGAACUUAAAAUUUUAAUGAAGACAUUUCAUAAGAAGCCAAGUUUUGACCGAGAUCACCCUGUUUAAUCCUCGAUGAUUUUCACAUGCCAAAUGUUUGGGAUCUUAUGUAUCUUAAGGAAACCACUCUUUACUAUUCUUCAUCACAUCUCUACUUAAAAGAUUUAGGUUUAUGCUUUCCUAUCUGUGUUGUACAAAAUUAACUGAGAAAUCUUACACAUUAAAAUGACUAGAAAAGGAAGUGUCUGGCAUUAGUAUAUUUCAGUUACAAAGCUAAAAUAAUCAUGUUCUAAAAAAUCACACAUCUCUCCACAUAGAUCUUUUAAUUUAUUAUCAGUGUUUGAAUACUUGCCAGAGACAAAUACAUUUUUUAAGUAUAAGUUCUAGAUGAACAAAAUUCAGAGUAAGAUUUUGCCAAAUUGAGAUUUUUCUGCUGUAAUGUUCAUGAGAACUGCAAUUGUGUUACAAAUGAAAAGAAACUGGCGUGAUCUCUUGUGCCCAUUAGUGCACUUAUAUUCAUUUGCUUGAUUGUGCUACCUCUCAGAAGUAAAACUUGUCACCUUGCGAA